AAAUUUUUAUUUAUUGGGUUGCAUAGUGUUCCUAAUUUAUUUUUUUCCUUUCUUACAGAAAUACCAUUCCCGAACACGACACUUUAAAAAUACAAAUGUCGAUCGACGGGCUUCCCCUAUUUAAGAGUUCCACUAAGCAAUUGUGGCCAAUUCUAAUAUGGGUGGAAAGUUUGCCUGAGGCUCCGGUAAUGCUUGUCGGGCUUUUUUGCGGACAAACUAAACCGGGGCUGGUGGAAGAGUUCUUAGGCCCACUAGUGGAGGACUUUAAUAGACUCCAAGAAACAGGCUUGCGGUUCGGCGACAAAGUGGUACGCUUAUUACCAAGCGCAUUUGUCGCCGAUUCUCCAGCGCGGGCAUUUGCUAAAGGUACAGUUUACUUUAAUGCAGCGCAUGGGUGCUUAAAGUGUACCUGUGUAGGGGUACACCUCAACUCGGAGCACAAAAUGAUUUUUGAAUCCGUGGACGCCGAACUGCGUACGGACGACGGCUUUAAACAACGAGUAGACAAAGACCACCACAAACCAUGGCGAUCACCAUUAGAAAAGCUCAAAAAUUUUAAUAUGAUCGACGGUGUUCCCUACGAAGGUCUCCAUCAGUUUGAUCGCGGGGUGACCCUAAAGCUUGUUCUAGGGUUAUACGAGGGAAUUUUUGAAAAUUUUGACAAGUGGUCACCCCGACAAAAGGAAGCCGUGAAUACUUUUUUGAUAAAGACACGGCUUCCUUCGGAAGUGAAUCGCCCUAUGCGAUCCUUCCGCUAUCGCCAUUUUUGGAAGGCCACCGAAUUUCGGUCCUUCCUUCUUCAUAUUAGUAUUGCGGUCUUGAAGGAUUUUAUGUCUUUUGAUGCAUUCAAUCACUUCUUGUGCUACUUUUGCAGUGUGACGAUUUUUAAUUCAACGGCACACAAGCAUCUUUGGCCUCUUGCGGAAAAGUUCUUAUACAACUUUGUAAAGAACUUUCCGCAGUAUUAUGGUCGAGCCCAUAUGAUCAGCAACGUCCACAAUCUCCUGCACGUGUCAGGAGACGUUAACAUGUUUGGAGCGGUUCCUGAAUAUUCCGCAUAUCGGUAUGAGAAUUUUCUUCUAAUUGUACGCCGAUAUGUGAGAUCGGGCACGCAUGUAGUAACACAGGUAGCCGGCCGUAUGCAAGAAAUUGCAUCAGUGCAAGUGGCUACCAAUCGUGUUACUCAAACAUACCCCCGGUUGAAGGUCAAUGGUGCCGGUAUACACGUAACCGCCGAUUUUGUCCUACUGCCAAACUUUAAGGAUCAAUGGUUUUUAACCACCGAUAAUGGCAUUAUAAAAUUUUUAGAAGCGAAGAGGAUUUCUUCGCUGUUGUGCACCGUAAUUGGAAUCCAGUAUGAAAUCUGGACGGAACAGUUUAGUGCGUCGGUAGACGGUGAUCAGUUAUCGUCUACCGACCUACACAUCUAUAAGAUAGAUGAAAAUGGUCAGUCCAGGUCGGUGGAAAUACCACAUUAUGCGAUCAAGUGCAAAUUUGUUGCACUUCGCCUACCCUCUACUUCCUUUAAACAUCUUGAUCCGCAACUAUCUUCCAGUCUAAUCUCCUUAACUCCCCUCUUCCAUACUUUUCAAUAAACUUACUGUAUCAAUUAACAUAUUUCAUGUAACCCGUCACUAACUGUCCUGUUUUCUGAUUAACAUUUUUAUUAAUUUAUUAUUGCCUAUAUUUUAAGUUCUAUUCCUUUUUUAAUUUAUAUGAUCGCAUACGAUGUGUUUCAAUCACUAUACUGGAUCUUUGUUGCCCGAUUUAACGUGGGCCGACCACUUUUACCGCUUUGUGCAUUAUAAAGCUCACAAUGGUCAUUUGUUAAGGUUUUUUUUUAAUAACAUGGUUAGGCUAGAUUAGUAUAUUAACACGGUUAGGUUAAGUAGUAUAUUAGAUAGUAUUAGAAUAGCAGAUUUUUUAUGGGGAGCCAAUGACCAUUGUUGGUACAUAGCUUUAUGUUUGCGAUGCGGGGCCCCAUGCACUGUAAUGCCCGCGUUUCCGCAAGUCUUGUACUAGUGAGGUGUUGAGAUCUCUAAUUAAGAGCUACUGUGUCCUCGUGAUCAUGGAAGCAGGAUUUUUAUGGUAGGAUAUGAGUGAUGGUUGUUUUAAUUCUUUAAUUGUUUAUUUUUUUUUUGUCUAUUUGGAUUCUACCCAUUUCGACUAACAAACUAAUACACUAACAUGCUCUGCAAAGGGAUGGGAUCCGAAGCCCCUUUGAGGGAUAAUAGAGGCUCUCCCAUUCAACUCCUAUUCCGACACGUCCUUGUCGUGCAGAGUGUUAACAUGUGCCAGCCAAGCUACGAUACACGGACUAGUUUGCAACUACUCGGGCGGAAUGUGGCACAUGGCAAAUCGGAAAGGGGAUUGUAAAGGAAAGUAAUUGGGAUGUUUCAAUGCCUGGCGAGAUAAAAUAAAUUAACACAGGGAUACAUUAACAUUAAACAAGGUGCAAGAGACAUUUUUUUAUAAGAAAGGGAAUUAUUAUUAAACAGUUUAAAUAUGCUCGUGGGGUUCAUUUUUAUGUUCCAGGAAACUUUUUUAACAUGAAGUAUAACGACAGUAGAGGAAGGAUGGAUCGAUAACGAGUACUGUAAGUUAAUGUUUAUAAUUAAAGUCAAAGGACUUGCGUGGAACAAAUUGAU